GUGCUGGGUCGCUGGGUGAAAUCGUGCCAUUUCGACAUCCUCCCACAGCACACUUACCGUCCUCAAUCAGUCCCGAGUAGCAGUAGAAGUUUCCGGGAGAGUCUUGUCUGCCCCUGCGUUUGUGUUGAGUCGAGGCGUCACAAUUGAAACCUCUAAGCGGUGCCAGAAGUAGGCCCCGAGGCUCGGCCCAGUUCGGACUUACGUAUCACGGGCGCGGUCGGAACUUCCGCAGUGGCGUUGUCGAAGGACUCCAGAAAACGUACAGGCUUAUAACUUACACCUAACCAACAUUCGUCGGUUCGACCGUGGGAGCCAAGUCUAUCGAAAAAUCUUCUAGCGACUCGGAACAAAGCCCGGCUUAUUAACACCAGCAAUCAUGUCUUCGGAGGCAGCGAAGGCCGAACAUGGCGGCGAGUACCGCCAGUUUCUGCCCGAUCUGAGCAUUCCCCGUUUUACCACUAUGCAGAAGCAAGAUGCCCACGUAUACGCCAAAGAGUUCAAAGAGGGUGGAAACCCUCCGUGGCUGCACAGUCUGUACUUGCAUUGGCUCAAGCUGCUCGAAGACCCCUUCAAGGGCGUCACAACAGAUGGAAAUGUGAAACCAGGCCUUUUCAAGAUUCAAGACGAAGGGGUGCCGGUCGACGACAUAGUAGCCGCGGCGGAAGCCGUCCUCGAAUCCCUAGACGAUGAGCAGACCAAGCGCAUCAAGUAUCACGUGGACGCCCCUGAGUGGAGGACAUGGAGCAACCCCGAAUUCCUUCUCAGCCACAAAGGACUACGGCUCGACGAGAUAAGCCCCGACCUGCGAAAGAAGAUUUUGCUUGUCCUCCAGACGACGCUAUCGCCCGAGGGAUACCAAAAGGCGUUGGGUGCCAUGCGUGUGAAUGGCUUCCUGGGCGAUCUUGUCAAGUCACCUGCCGUGAUGAAUGAGUUCAGCUACAAUUUCUGCCUGUUCGGUGAGCCAUUGUGUGCACGGCCAUGGGGAUAUUCAUUCUAUGGCCAUCACUUGUGCCUGAACGUCUUCUUUUACAACUCGCAAAUUGUCAUAUCUCCGUGGUUUACAGGCGCCGAACCAAACUUAAUCGACGAAGGAAGGUAUAAGGGGACACGAAUUCUCGAGGAGGAGGAAAGGUUGGGUCUGCAACUCAUGCAGAGCCUCACCGCGGAUAAGCAGGCCAAGGCCCAGACGUACAAAUUGCUUAGGGACCCUGCUAUGCCCUACGGCCGAUGGAACCACGAUGACCAGCGCCAUCUUUGUGGUGCCUACCGGGACAACCGAAUAGUCCCAUACGAAGGUAUCCUGGUCUCAGAAAUGACAGCGGACCAGGAAGAACUCGUUCUGGGAAUCCUCAACCAAUACCUGCUUUACCUUCCCGCGCAGGCUAGGAAGGUCCGCUUGGAGAACAUCGAAUCAUGGUUCCACGAGACAUACUUCAGCUGGAUCGGGUCGUUCGGUGAUGCGGACCCGUUCUACUACAGGAUCCAGAGUCCCGUCAUCAUCGUGGAAUUCGACCACCACUCCGGCGUGUUUCUGACGAACAAGGAGCCUGCCAAGUUCCACAUCCAUACGUUGCUGAGGACGCCGAAUGGAGGUGAUUACGGCAUGGCGUUACGGCCUUUGAUCCCCAGUGACGAAGAGCCCUUUGUUUGGGGUGGCGAGAGGUAUUGAGACGACACGGGAUCUCAGGCCCUCAGAACGGUACAAAUUGUGGCAUGUGCGACGUGAACACUUGGCUGCGCCACAUACUUGUAUGACAUGUAGUCACCAGAACCAUAGAGACAAUGAAGGACCAGAAUCCAGCCCAUUGGGGCUGGGAAC